AUGAUCCAGGAAGUUUUGCAAAUAAGUGCAGAUUUCCAUGACAAAGAGAAUAUAUUAAAAAGUGGUAGAGCUAAUGUUGAUAAUGUUGCAAUUUACUUUUGGGAAUAUUUAAAUAAAGAAUGUAAAAAAUCAACACCUAGUUGUGUAGUUUUAGAAUCUGUUGUACUAGCUUUGAAAAGAGUUGUAAAUGAGAGUACUGCUACAGAUAUACCUGAAUUAUUUACAGAGAUAAAUGCAGCAAAGGAUAUGCUAUUGAUGUGUUUGUGCAGUGAUCAAAUGUUAACUGAAUUAGCAUAUAGUUGUGGAGUAACUAAUUUUUCUAUAGCUCCAAUAUGUAAUAUAUUUGAGUCAUGUGUAAUGCAAUUAAUAAUGAAUGAAUAUAAUGGAUUUUGUAGUGAUAUUGAAUUAUUUAAAUUAAGAUUAGCUGAAAAGAUUUGUAAUUUUGUAAAUAAUUUAACUAAGGGAUCUCAAGAAAUUUCUCACUUAACAUCAUCAAUCUUUGUUAGAGAUAGAAUGACAGUUCUAACAUUUGGAUAUUCAGAUUUAAUAGAUAUAGUUUUGUGUAAUGCCUGGAAUAAAUAUAAAAAACAUUAUAACUUACUCAUUGUAAUACCUUCUGAAAAAAUAACUAAUGAAAAUGCUGCAAGAAAAGCAUUAAUUGAUUUUCAUCACAAGAAAAUAUCAGAAUGGAUUGUUAAACUUGAGGAAUUUGGUGUUUCAGUUUCUACUUUACCCCUAGAUUCUAUCUACAAUGUUAUGACAGUUGUUGACUUUGUAUUAAUAGCAAGUGAAUGUAUAUUUGAGACUGGAGCCAUUGCAGGCUUAUCUGGAACUGCAAUUAUUUCUUCAAUAGCUAAGAAUAUAUUUAAAAAACCAGUUUUUGUCAUUUCCUAUGUUGCAAAGUUUAUAAAAUAUGUCCCAUUUGAAAUGAGGACAACUGAUAUCCUUACAAAUUCAACUUAUAAAGGUAUAAAAUCUACUACUAAUGGAAACAUUGAUCUAAUAUAUUCUUCUAUUGAUAUAUCAGAGAGCAACAAUAUUUCAAUGAUAUUUACAGAUAUUGGUGCAUUAAGUCCUUGUAAUGUAGCAUUUGAACUAAAACAGCUUGGUUUCUAA